CCAAAUUAAUGACGUGGUGCGGUUCGUCUACCGGACGAUAAGGAUGGCCGACCAGAGCAGGCAAAUCAAACUCGCCGCAGCCAAGAAAAAGGUAAACAAAUUCAUUCCCACAACACAGGGAAUAUAACAGGUAUUUCAUCCAUUACUCUGUUCGAGUUGUCAGUAGUUUCAGGUUUUCACGAACCCGGUGUGAUGUUGACAUUCCACGUCCUCCGACCUUUCUGCAGUCGCCCAUCUCAACUCGCCUCCUCCUCCUAUGGCUGUCAGUGCGCACGAAAUGCCGAGGAUUCGAUUGGGCCUCUAAUCUUAGCUAGAACGAUUAUGUGGACGAUUUAUACCGGGCAGUGAAUUGAAAAGUUUGCUAGUAAUGCUACUCGGCUAGGUAUAAACCUUCUGUGAUUUGAUCAAACCAAGUGGCAAGGUAGUUGGCUAUAUCAAGCUACCGUGCUGAUGUUUAGCUAACGUUAGCCAUAGCGAUUUAGCUAGCUAACAUUAGCUAGCUAGCUACCGAUGAACUGACAUGUAGCACGUUAGCCAGUCGACUCGGCACAAUAUGAUACUAACUCAAUAUAAUAUAGAAUGAGGUGUCCGAUGAAUAGGCAUGUUUAUUGACACUUUUAACCUUAAGUAACUAACUUACGAUGAAUGCUACCUAGCUAAUUAUUGAGUCAUGUUUGACAAGAAACAGUGAUGUGUCACUCAGUGAAGAGUGACUGAUAGUUUUGACAGCAGACGCCCCACCCCUUCCCUGUCUCAGUGUGAGCUACCUGCUGUGUGAAGCUAGAGAGCCUAGCUAGAGAGCCUAGAACAGUUGUCUUUUGCAAGUCAACAUUUCUGUCGCCCACUAUCUCUGGACAUGGUGAUAAUCACGUAACGUUAACAGUUACUGUUGUUGGGAUCCAACUCUGGAAUUUGAGAUGGCAUUGUAUUGGAUCUUUCUAAAUAGUCGUUCCAUUGUCACCCACACCAGUGAUACCAACUGUGCAUACUGUAGAUCUCUAGUCGAAUCGUAUGGGAUAUUUCUGAAUAGUCGCACCAUUUUCAGCCACACCAAGGCUCCCUAUACUUCCUCUGCGAUAUGAUGAAUGUCUGCUGAUGUAUUUAGUCUAGCAAAGGUGUGAGUUCCAGACAGUUGAGAGCUCUCAUUGUCCUCUUCUCCUCCUCUCUUGUGCCGGCCAGCUGAAGGAGUUUCAGCAGAAGAGUUCUCCUGCCAGUGGGGGAGGGGGUGGAAAUGGAGGAGGAGGAGAAGAACCAGGGGCCAAGAAGAAGAGGAAGGUGAAGGGAGGGAGCCAACCAGACACACCAUCAGCUGACCGACACGCUCCAGACAAUGUGAGUCACCCAGCUGCAUGCUGGCUGGCUGGCCGUCUGUCUGUCUGCGUGUAUGUUAUGACUGAGUACUCUUUCUGCACACUGCUUCCUUGCAAGGUUUCACUUGCCGACAUUUGCAUUUCAAUAACAAAGUGAAACGUUGCAAGAAAGCAGUCUGAUUGAUGAUACUUCCUCUCUGGAAUCACAUUGAACGUUCCAGUGCAGCUUCCGACUUUUACUGGAUGUGUGAGUGCGUCCCUUUGCAAGUUUACUGUCAGUGUUUGUCAUAUGUCAGAUUAUGGUAUGUGAAACGCAGCUAUGCUCCAGCUAUUAAAGGAUAUGUCUGUCAAUUUGUAUUCCCGUCAGGACGUUGCAUCUUAACACACACGCCCUUCUGUUUGGUUAAGAAUCAAUAUUAUGUUGAUGUGUGUUUAAUCGUAAAAGAAUGACAUCAGGUUGGCCAUUUUUUCUUAGUAAUGUGGGGAGUCAGGGGCAGUAGAUGGUUGCUGUAAUAAUUCUAUAGUUCCUGGAUCUUUUUUUGCAUUCCUCCCUAUAUACUGCCUUAAACUGUUCCCCAAGGGAAGCCUUUCUGCCAUCAGUAUAGACUUAGCCUGUGCUCCCAUCCAGACAGUCACAAUGACAGUAAUUUGUUUGGAGGAACAUUGUCACAGAGUCAAAUCUUUUCUGUACCUCCAGAGACGGAUAUGAUUGUGAUGAGUCGGUCACUAACAUGUGGAACCAGGUUGUGGGCUUUAAAGUCUUCCUCUUUCAGUGAAUGCCCAGUUCCAAAUGGACCUCUAGCCUUAAUCCAAAGCACUUUUUGAAAAUCUAAAAGGAAAUGUAGCUAUUAGCAUUGUGGUAGUACCUCCACCCUUUGGUAGGCUAGCUAGGUUGAAGUUCCACCAUAUUGAUUCCACCUAUUCACGUACAACAACAGGUGCUUAGCGGUAGAUAGGGGAUAGGGUUCUAUGGGUGCUAGUCUCCCUUUUUACAUCACCUCUUGCUGUCUUUCUUCCUCACUUGCUCAUUCACUGUCCCUCCCUCUUUCACCCUUCCACUCCCCCUUUCCUCUGCCGUAGAUUCAGAGUAUUCUGAAAGGUUUUAGACAGACCAAUGGAGUAACUCUGCCUGCCUAUGGCAAAACCCAGGUGAGCCUCUCUCUCUCCUUCCUUCCUUCCUUCUCUCUCUUGGGCUAUCAUUCUUCCCUGCUAUCUUUUCUUUUGUCCAUUUUGUUCUUUUACGCCUGUCUCUCUCCUUCUACUUCACUCUCUCUUGAGCUCUCUUUGUAUCUGUCCCACUCCUUCCCUACUGUUUCUCUAUCCCACCCCUUCUGUUGUUUUUGCUCCUCUUCUCUCCUGCAUGCUAUUCCUUAUGGUCACUGGUGGCUCAUCAGUCAUUUUGCUACAGUGAGAGAAGUGCUUGGUAUUUAUUUUGCCAUUGUUGACUUAUUAAGAAUCUACUAGUAUUAAGCCUAGCUAAAUGUUUGUUUUUUUCUGAGAUGGGUCAGUCCAUCAGGGGCAUGAGGUUGAUUUGGUAGUAUGUGUUGAUAUAGCAUGUUUAUAACUUCCGGACCAGAUGUUUGUUUACUUUAUUUACCAUACCGGCAUGUCUCCAUCAGUGAAAACAAGAUGUGUGUGAUUGUCCGUCCAUGUGUUGUGAUUGUGCUGUCUGACACUACCUUGUUUUCUAGGAUAGAAUGAUGUGUAUGUAUGUAUGCGGGUGCUGUGUAUGUUUCCAAAUUGCUGUAACCACACUCUCUGGAUGAGCACUGAAAAGUAAUGGCUAUGUGUGUGCUGCUGCCUCAGACCCACGUCCAUGGGGAGGUGAGGGGGUCCCCAGUUACCCAGCUACUGGAGUACCCAAACGGAGAGGCUGGCCGCGGCUCUCCUGUGUCUAACCCUGCUGGCUCUGCUACUAACCCUGAGUGUGCCAGCCACGCCCACAACACUGACCUGCAGCAGGUGUGUCCCUCCGUCAGACUUCUAUUUGUCUCUAUCUCUCGGUCUCUAUCUCUCGGUCUCUAUCUCUCGGUCUCUAUCUCUCGGUCUCUCUGUCUCUCUCUCUGUCUCUCUCUCUGUCUCUCUCUGUCUCUCUCUCUGUCUCUCUCUCUCUCUCUCUCUGUCUCUCUCUCGGUCUCUCUCUCUCUCUCUGCUUUUUCCCGUCACCACCUCCUCUCUACAGGAUGGGCCUGUUCACUCCUGACCUCCGGUUGCUGGCCCGCUUAUCUAACCUUGAGGCUGCAAUGUAUAAGGCUUAUCACCCUAUAACAGCCAUCAUUGAUUUGGAUGGAUAGGCCUAGCUUAUGUUUAACGUAUUCACCUCCAUCAGUUUCACUCACAGGUAUUUCCUCUCUUUCUUUCUCUCCUUCUCUCUGCCGCAGAACUGCACCCAUGACGGUAAUGAAAACCAUGCGGAUGAGAAUAGGUUGGUCACCUCAUCAUCCAAUACACACACACCUCUCAGUCCCUCUUCAGAAUGAGUGUACCCACUGGUCCUCACUGCCCCUUAUCUACCCUUCACAGCCCUGCCCCCCUCGCCUGCAGCUGUUGAUCUCUCUCUUUCUCACACACACACACACACACACACACACACACACACACACACACACACACACACACACAGAAUAUGUAGCACAGUUGCUGGCAGUGCAGCUUCUCACAUUGAAUGCGCCAUUACCCAAUAAGACUGGUGUGUUCAUUACCAAAUAACACUGGGCUAAUGUUAUCGUUUUUUUCGUGUGUGUGCCACCAGACCCCUGUCGUCCACAGAGAGCCUGUGGCAAGUCUCACAGCAGCUCAACGGCCUACUCUCUGGGGUAUGUACUUUAUGGCCACAAAAAGGAGAAAUUUGGUCUUUAAAAUACAGUCGACCCCUGAGAAGUGCACAUUGGAUAAGCGCAAGCACCUCACCAGUCCCAAUGAGGAUACACUCUCUUACUUGCUUUGGAUAUAUGCUUGCUCCCGGUUUAGUGUGUUGCAUAAUCGAGUGUUAUUUGUGAUACUCUCAUUAGCUUUGAGAAGCUUGAUUUAUUGUGGUUUGACUUGUACUGUUUUGUUUCUUUCUGACCUAUUCUAGUCAUCCACCGCCUAUAUAAAUGGAGACAAUGCUCACUCGCCUGCCAAUGAAAAAGAACUGGAGGUAAGUGACACAUCACAACACCACACGUUGCCCCCUUUCCAUGGACACAGGUAAAAGCACUAUAAAAUGCAAUCCAUUUGUCCUGAUCAGACAGACCCAGUCCCACUCUCUCUCCGAAGGUGCCCUUGGUUAAGCCUCAUGUUCACUACCCUCAGUGUGUCUACAUCCACACUCGCCAGAUCAAUCUUGUGGUUUCUCUUUGGAGGUGUGUGUGUGUGUGGCCCCAGGUUAUGUAGAGGUAUUCUGUCCUCCGUCCACUCUCACUCCACACAGGCCCCUCUCCUCUCUCACAAUCCCUCCAUUCUUGCUCUCUGUGCAAGAAUGUGACUGGCCUCGGCCACACAGCUCACACGACCACUCUUCCUAUUCCUGCCCUGUGUCCGGGCUUGGGUUACACACACACACACACACACACACGUACUCCACAUAAGUGAUACUCAUGAUUAUAACUGAGUUUGUGUUGCAUAGCUGAGACAACAAUGCAAUCUGAAAGAUCGUCACAUUCAGAACAGAGCAAAUGUAUGAAAUGCUGUCCAGGCCGCCCCACUGUACCUUGCCCUGGCCCUGCAUACAACGUUUAAUACAUCAAAAAUAUAUUUAGUCUGCUCCAUUCAUAUAUCUCUCUUGCUCUUGUCUAAUAGUCCUCAGACCUCACCUGGUAGAUUGCCUUGCAGUUUGAUGGACUCUAUAUAGAGAAUCACUCCUGUUUGCAAGUAACAUUUUCAGGCGUCAUCUUUCGAAAGCCUUGAUCGGAGCUGGCUAUAUGUAUUACCCUCUCUUUAGGAUUUUAAAGGGUACAGCAUUUUAUUACAGUGACUACUAGCUUGUAACUUGUUAAAUUGGCUGAGAUCAUAUUAGGGGACUUGGAUGUUCUUAUUGUGGACAUCUGGAGAAACAGAGGUCAUGCGAACCCAUUAGAUUACACUCUCCAGUCUGAACAGGUAUUACUGAACGCUCCACUAGCUACCCAUGCCCCUGUCCUCACUGUGUAUGACCUCACUGAAUACUAGUAGGACCAACAAGAACCUGCUGAGAUCUUUUUCUGUUUUGUUGUUCACAUUUUCCAUCCCGGAAGGAGAUGGAGAAUGUGUGAUUUACUUUCACAUUAAUGAGUUAGUGUUUGUAUGUCUCCUCCCAUCGCUGUUUUUCUUUUCCUUCUUCAAUUCACUCACUCCCUUCCUCCCCCUCUCUUUUUAUUUUUAUUUUGAUGCAUGCGCGCACGUCAGAGUGGAAACCAGGAUCUGGCAGCCGCACUGGACUCCAGCAAACUAACAAACAAUCGGCUCAAUACCAAGCUAGAACAGCUGGUAAGAGUGUGUGCGCGUGGGAGUUUGGCAUUCUUCCUUGUGUGGCAAAUAACCCCUGACAGCCCCCAUAGCAAGACUGACUGGCCACAGAUUGACUAGCAAAUGGCGUAACACCUUGGAUAAACAGCAGCUGUGCUGAGUGGUAGCACAGUCAGUCAGUUGAUCAUGUCAUGCAUUGUUUUGUUUUAACACCUCACAAAUAAUGUAAUUGCACUGCACUGUUCCCAUUGGUAACACCCAAGCUUUUACAUGCUCACCAAGAUGGACACGAUGAAUAAAAUGAGGGUAUGUUUAGACCAACUGCACUGAUAUUUCUUCUGGAGCUAGCUUGCUAACAGCUAAACCGUUGCUAACCCCACUGGCUAGGCUAAUACGCUGCUGUGCUUCUCUGAGUAUGCGAGGGAGGUUCUCUGGUGCUCGUUAGUGAUUUGACUCCUGAAGAGUGAAAGGAAAUGACAUGUUGAAGGGUUAGAUGGGUGACUGACUGUAGAUGGUGUGGUGGUGGCUUGAAGUCUAUGAGGUGGGGAUGAUGAUGUCAUGGAUAUUUCCUCUGUCCUGUUUGUCUGACAGACCACGCAAUCUCAGGAGCUCACAGAUCAGCUGCAAAAGGUGAGCAUAAAAAGAAACUCUCGUUCUCAUUCUCUCGUCUCCUCCUCAGUGGACGAUGACAGGAUGUUUUCUGUGUGCUUUCUUUGAUCAGGAGCGAAGAGAGUUUGAACAGAAGUGUAUGAGGGAGCAAGGAGCAAUGCGGGAACAGCUACAGGUAUACACACCCACCCACACACACACACACACACACACACACACACACACAGAAGAAGAAGGAACUUCAAGGUUUCUCAUCCUCUCAGAGCACUUUUCUGAAUCCAUUUGAAGACCUUUAAAAGCAAUUCUCUAAUUUUCACUAUGCAGUUCCAGAUGUGUGCUAUGUAUCUGCCUUAAGGGCCAGUACACCAUGUGUUGUUGCCUUUUUACCCAGGGAUGCAUGCACUGAUAUACUGAACAAAAUACGUUCUCAUCAUUCCAAAUGAAACAAAGCUUGAUUUGUAUCCGAUAUUUACAAAUUGUAUCAUGCGAGGCUUCAGUAACUGGUCUGUCUGUGUCUCUCUUUCCCUCUCUCUCUCUCUCUCUGUCUGUCUCUAUAUCUGUCUCUGUCUCUCUGUCUGUGUAUCUGUCUGUCCGUCCUCUCCCCCAGGUCCACAUCCAGACCAUCGGCAUCCUGGUGUCGGAGAAAUCAGAGCUGCAGACCGCUCUGUCAUACACACAGCAGGCUGCCCGCCAGAAAACAGGUGAGUGCUUGUACCCUGUGUGAGAAAGAGAAAGCAUGUAAUCGUCCCAAGUCUGUGUUGUGUGUCUAUGAAUGCGAGCGUGAACGUGUUCAGUAAUGUGAUGUAUUGUGGUGUGUGUUUAGGGGAAGCUGAGGAGGUGAGAGAGAAGGAGAUGUCGUUGAUCUGUGUAAUAUGAAUGUGUGUGAGAGUCUGUUUGUGUUGGUGCUCACUAAGUGUGUGUGUGUGUUCUUUUGUUCAGGGGAGGCUGAGGAGCUGAGUAACCGUCUCCAGGCCACCAAACAGAGAGUCUCUGAGCUGGAGAGAACCCUGUUCUCUGUCUCCACACAACAUAAACAGUUUGACAAGGUAACACACAGAAAGAAACCGUUUGGGAAGGCAACCUACUGUAGUAACACACUGAACAAAGGCAGUUUGAGAAGGUAGUCUACACACGACUGAUAUUGCUACAGUUACUUGAAUGCAAUGACCGAUGAGUAUCGAUUUGAGCUUUGCAGUAAUGUCUAACAUAUGAUUGAUGUUCUCUUGUGCAGCAUAACAAAGAGCUAGAGAAAGAGAGAGACAACCUGAGGCUAGAGGUGUACAGACUAAAGUAAGUCUUCCCCUGAUUAUGCUGGCAUUCUACUCGAUGGCUGGCCUUGUAUCAUAUUUCCUUGUUUGAUUUGUGGACUAGGUAGGGAAAGGAAUAUGGUGGAAACCACACCUUGUGAGUUUGUCUGCGAUUGUGAUACAGGGAGAGAGAUGCCUGUCAUCUGAGGCGAGGCAAUUCAGAGGCUCUUUGUGUGCGUGCACAUUCCUACCUGACCCUCUAUCUCUCAUUGCAGUAGUGUGAGUGAGGAGGGGAGGCAGCAGAGUUCAGAGCUGUCAGAGCAGCUCAAGCUGAGGAUGAGUGAGAACAACGACAUGAGACUGGACCUGGAGGAACUGCGCAAGAGACUGGAGAUGGCUGACGACAUGCUGCAACAGGUAGGUACACACACACAAUCUCUCUCUCACUCACUUAAUCACUCACAUACACUCUCAUCGUCAUCAUUUGUUUCGCAGUUGUUCAAUUCUCUUUCUUUUUUUUAUUCCUAGUUUUCCAGUCAGUCAGGGCCUCCCAGUGCCAACCAGCAGAUGCAGUUACUACUGGAGGAGAAACUACAGAUUGAGGCACACACUGCUCAGGUAGGUGUGUGUGUGUGUGUGUUGAAUAUUUUCCCGGUAUUUUAUAAAUGUUCCAUCCCGAGAAUAAAUCCCUUUUCUCCCAGGUAACUUGGUAUUUCCCGCCAAAACCGGAAGUGUCAUGUAAAAGCACUAUAAAGCAUAUAAAUAGGCCUAUGUGUGGAUUUGAUUAGAGCUUUGAUCGGAAAUUCAAGCCUGAUGCUACAUUUAAUGAGCCCAAGCCCAAAAAAGCCCAAAUGAUUGUGCCGUUAUCCAAUACAUACAGUGCAUUCGGAAAGUAUUCAGACCCCUUGACUUUUUCCACAUUUUGUUACGUUACAGCCUUAUUCUAAAAUUGAUUAAAUUGUUUUUUCCCCUCAUCAAUCUACACACAAUACCCCAUAAUGACAAAGCACAAACAGGCUUUUAGAAAUGUUAGCAAAUGUGUAUAUAUAAAAAAAAUAUAUGAAAUAUCAAAUUUACAUAAGUAUUCAGACCCUUUACUCAGUACUUUGUUAAAGCACCUUUUGCAGCGAUUACAGCCUCGAUUCUUCUUGGGUAUGACGCUACAAGCUUGGCACACUUGUAUUUGGGGAGUUUCUCCCAUUCUUCUCUGCAGAUCCUCUCAAGCUCUGGCAGGUUGGAUGGGGAGGGUCGCUGCACAGCUAUUUUCAGGUCUCUCCAGAGAUGUUCAAUCGGGUUCAAGUCGGUGCUCUGACUGGGCCAAACAAGGACAUUCAGAGACUUCUCCUGAACCCAUUCCUGCAUUGUCUUGGCUGUGUGCUUAGGGUCGUUGUCCUGUUGGAAGGUGAACAUUCGCCCCAGUCUGUGGUCCUGAGUGCUAUGGAGAAGGUUUUCAUCAAGGAUCUCUCUGUACUUUGCUCCGUUCAUCUUUCCUUCGAUCCCGACUAGUCUCCCAGUACCUGCUGCUGAAAAACAUCCCCACAGCAUGAUGCUGCCACCACCAUGCUUCACCGUAGGGAUGGUGCCAGGUUUCCUCCAGACGUGACGAUUGGCAUUCAGGCCAAAGAGUUCAAUCUUGGUUUCAUCAGACCAGAGAAUCUUGUUUCUCAUGGGCUGAGUCCUUUGGUGCAUUUUGGCAAUCUCCAAGCGGGCUGUCGUGUGCCUUUUACUGAGGAGUGGCUUCCGUCUGGCCACUCUACCAUAAACAUCUGAUUGGUGGAGUGCUGCAGAGAUGGUUGUCCUUCUGGAAGGUUCUCCCAUAUCCACAGAGGAACUCUGGAGCUCUGUCAAAGUGACCAUCGGGUUCCUGGUGACCUCCCUGACCAAGGCCCUUCUCCCCCGAUUGCUCAGUUUGGCCGGGCGGCCAGCUGUAGGAAGAGUCUUGGUGGUUCCAAAACUUCUUCCAUUUAAGAAUGAUGGAGGCCACUGUGUUCUUGGGGACCUUCAAUGCUGCAGAUCUGUGCCUCGACACAAUCCUAUCUCGGAGCUCUACGGACAAUUCCUUCCACCUCAUGGAUUGGUUUUUGCUCUGACAUGCACUGUCAACUGUGGGACCUUAUAUUGACAGGUGUGUACCUUUCCAAAUCAUGUCCAACCAAUUGAAUUUACCACAGGUGGACUCCAAUCAAGUUGUGGAAACACCUCAAGGAUGAUAAAUGGAAAAGGGAUGCACCUGAGCUCAAUUUCGAGUCUUAAAGCAAAGGGUCUGAAUACUUAUGUAAUUAAGGUAUUUCUGUUUUUAUUUGUAAUAAAUGUGCAAACAUUUCUAAAAACCUUUUCACUUUGUCAUUAUGGGUUAUUGUGUGUAGAUUGAUGAGGGUUAUAUACAGUUGAAGUCGGAAGUUUACAUACACUUAGGUUGGAGUCAUUAAAACUCGUUUUUCAAACACUCUAAAAAUGUCUUGUUAACAAACUAUAGUUUUGGCAAGUCGUUUAGGACAUCUACUUUGUGCAUGACACAAGUCAUUUUUCCAACAAUUGUUUACAGACAGAUUAUUUCACUUAUAAUUCACUGUAUCACAAUUCCAGUGGGUCAGAUGUUUACAUACACUAAGUUGACUGUGACUUUAAACAGCUUGGAAAAUUCCAGAAAAUUAUGUCAUGGCUUUAGAAGCUUCUGAUAGGCUAAUUGACAUAAUUUGAGUCAAUUGGAGGUGUACCUGUGGAUGUAUUUCAAGGCCUACCUUCAAACUCAGUGCCUCUUUGCUUGACAUCAUGUGAAAAUCAAAAGAAAUCAGCCAAGACCUCAGGAAAAAGAACUGUAGACCUCCACAAGUCUGGUUCAUCCUUGGGAACAAUUUCCAAAUUCCUGAAGGUACCACGUUCAUCUGUACAAACAAUAGUAGGCAAGUAUAAACACCAUGGGACCACGCAGCUGUCAUACCGCUCAGGAAGGAGACGCGUUCUGACUCCCAGAGAUGAACGUACUUUGGUGCGAAAAGUGCAAAUCGAUCCCAGAACAACAGCAAAGGACCUUGUGAAGAUGCUGGAGGAAAUGGGUACAAAAAUAUCUAUAUCCACAGUAAAACGAGUCCUAUAUCGACAUAACCUGAAAGGCCACUCAGCAAGGAAGAAGCCACUGCUCCAAAACCGCCCUAAAAAAGCCAGAUUACGGUUUGCAACUGCACAUGGGGACAAAGAUCGUACUUUUUUGAGAAAUGUCCUCUGGUCUGAUGAAACAAAAAUAGAACUGUUUGGCCAUAAUGACCAUCGUUAUGUUUGGAGGAAAAAGGGGGUAGCUUGCAAGCCGAAGAACACCAUCCCAACCGUGAAGCACGGGGGUGGCAGCAUCAUGCUGUGGGGGCGCUUUGCUGCAGGAGGGACUGGUGCACUUCACAAAAUAGAUGGCAUCAUGAGGAAGGAAAAUUAUGUGGUUAUAUUGAAGCAACAUCUCAAGACACCAGUCAGGAAGUUAAAGCUUGGUUGCAAAUGGGUCUUCCAAAUGGACAAUGACCCCAAGCAUACUUCCAAAGUUGUGGCAAAAUGGCUUAAGGACAACAAAGUCAAGGUAUUGGAGUGGCCAUCAAGCCCUGACCUCACCCCUAUAGAAAAUGUGUGGGCAGAACUGAAAAAGUGUGUGCGAGCAAGGAGGCCUACAAACCUGACUCAGUUACACCAGCUCUGUCAGGAGGAAUGGGCCAACAUUUACCCAACUUAUUGUGGGAAGCUUGUGGAAGGCUACCCGAAACGUUUGACCCACGUUAAACAAUUUAAAGGCAAUGCUACCAAAUACUAAUUGAGUGUAUGUAAACUUCUGACCCACUGGGAAUGUAAUGAAAUAAAUAAAAGCUGAAAUAAAUCAUUCUCUCUACUAUUAUUCUGACAUUUCACAUUCAUAAAAUAAAGUGGUGAUCCUAACUGACCGAAGACAGGGAAUAUUUGAUAGGAUUAAAUGUCAGGAAUUGUGGAAAACUGAGUUUAAAUGUAUUUGGCUAAGGUGUAUGUAAACAUCCGACUUCAACUGUAUAUUUUAAUAAUAAGGCUGUAACGUAACAGAAUGUGGAACCUUUCAAGGGGUCCGAAUACUUUCCGAAUGCACUGUAGUUCUACAUGCACUGUGAUCCAUACUGAGAUGGGCUGUCUGUCCCCACCCUGAGCUUCGAUGAUUCAUCAUGCAGAGGCCGUAGAGAAGCCAGAUUUAGACAUUGCAUAUAAUUUUACAGUUCGAUUUCACUCAUGCUGUUCAUAUAAAUCAUUUAUUAUAAUAUACCGGUCAAUACACAGUUAUUUAUCCUGUGAAAAGGGAGUGGUUUUGGGCGGUAAAUCUCGGUAACCGGGUUCCCACCAUUCAACCCUAGUGUGUGUGUGUGCCUCUCUUUAAAGUUUUGACUGCCAUGCCAUUGUGUUAAUGGUCUCUUGGUAUCAUCUAUAGUUGAUGGAGUCGGUUGCCCAGCUGCAGACAGAGAGAGACCGCUACGCUGAGCAGAUCCAGGAGGAGGGACUAGUAUGGAAGGACAAGACGGAGCAGCUGCUCUCUCAGGUGCACUAUGCUACCACCCCAUUAGCAGAACCUAAAGAGGUGGCAUAGCCUCUGAACGUAGUGCUAGAAAUACUUAGUCACUUUAAGGUUGAGUUGAUUGACGUGUGUUUGUGUGUGUCCUGUGCAGGUGACCGUAGUAGCAGAGGAAAGGGACCGGAGUAUCAGUCAGAUCCAGGAGCUAGAAGCCCACAUCACAGACCUGAAGCAUGCUGCAGGUGAGACACACAGCUACCCUCCUUCUUGGUUUGCACAUCAAUGAUUCUCAAAGACCAGCUUACUGCAUUGAACCUCCCCAUCCUGUCAAUCAUUAUCAUUAAAAGAUUUGCAUUGCCAUAAGGACUCUCUUCUCCUCCCCAGCCCUUUUGUCCCAGGAGAGAGAGGCCCAGGCGGAGCCCAAGCCCUCAGGGACCUCAGAGAGUGAACUGGCCCUCCAGGGGGCACUCUGCAGCCUGCAGCAGGAGAGAGACUCGCUCAACGCACAGUUCCAAGCCCAGGUGAUAACCUCACACGUACACUGCCAGGAAGUAAUAACACACUGUGAAUUUGCACUCUGAACACUCUGUCUCUUCAAGGCAUAGACUGAUAAGAUGAAUUAUGGGGUGGGUUGGUGCUGGGCUGGAAAGAAAUCCUGCACACCUUGUCCAUCCCUGUUGUGUCUCACAAGUGAAAACCCACUGUUCUCCGCCCUCCCUUCCCUCUUUAUAGUUGCGUGACAACGAGCAGUUGAGUCGCAUGUGCUCGGAGCAGGAGUCCCGUCUCUCAGAGCUGGAGCGCCAUGCGGAGCGCGGGGCCGAAGAUGCAGAGGACCGCAGGCGCAUGCUGGAGGACGUGCAGAGUGACAAGGCCACCAUCAGCCGCGCCCUGGCCCAGAACCGCACCCUUAAAGACCAACUGGCCGAGCUGCAGAACGGCUUCGUCAAACUGGUAAAGAGGAGUGAUGCCUUUUUACUCUCCUGUUUACUUAUGUGAAGUAAUCACUGAUCUGCCAGGUUGGGUUGGUGUUAAACGUGGAAUGUGUGGAAACUUAUCUUCACUUAUCCAGCCACAUUCAGAUUGGUGGUGACCUCAUGAAUGUGUUGAAUGUCUCUCUGUCCUCCUAGACCAAUGAGAACAUGGAGCUGACCACUGCUCUGCAGUCAGAGCAUCACGUGAAGAAGGAACUGGGACGCAGGAUGGGACAACUACAGGAGGACCUGCACAAUGUCAAGGAGCAGGUAGGGACGCACGCGCAAACACACUUCAUGGUGAACAGGUACAGGAACAACAUAUAGACAGUCGCACAUCUCCUCCAUCCCUAGUUGGAUUUGAAGUCGCAGGAGUACCAGGCGCUGCUGGAGCAGCGGGACCAGGUAGUGGGCCACCUACAGCAGUACUCUGCAGGCUACACAGCCCUGGCGUCAGAGCGAGAGCAGCUUCACAGACAGUACCUGCAGCAGAGCCAGCUGAUGGACCGGCUGCAGCAUGACGAGACCCAGGGAAGGGUUCAGUUGGAGAUGAGCCACAAACAGCUGGAGCAAUACCAGGUCAGGGACGCGCACACACACACACACACACACGCAUGUAGUCGCAUGACACACACACACUAUGCACGCGUACACACUGUGUAUUCACCCCUCUGUUUCCCCCUGCAGAAGACGCUGGAGCAGUUGGCCAGAGACAAUGAGCAGUUGAAGGCUGAAGUCACAGAGCUGUUCAACAGCUCAGCCCUGGCAACACCCUACAGAGACCAGGGAGACGGAGUGGAGAGCCAAUCCCUGCCAGACAGUCCGCAGAAGUCCUCCAUCGCUAUCCCAGAAGACUUUGAGAGCCGUGAGGAGAUGGUGAGGAGAAUACACCUAUCAGUGGUGUUAGGUGGGCUCUAGUGUUCCCAAAUUCUGUGGAGAAUCCUAAAUUGAGGAUAUCCAAAGUAUUUCUAAGAUAAUUGUCUCUGAAGAAGAAUUAUUCCCUUUCGUCUCUCUCAGGAGGAGUUUGUGCGCAGUGCGGUGUCGCGUGUGGAGGCAGAGAGAGACGAGGUGAGGAGCAGACUGGAGGAGGAGAGGAGACUGCACCUCGCUGCCCGACACCAGGCUGCAGCACUCAUAGAGCACCACAGCCACAGUCAUGACCAUGACCACGACCAUGACCAUGAACACAACCAUGACCAUGAACACAGUCAAGGUCACGGUCAGAGCCACGACCACCGUCACAGCCAUGAUGACCACAGUCACUGUGAACACACAGGUGAGAGGAGGAGGAAAAGUGUGUGUGUAUGCAUGCACGUAUUUGUGAUUGUGUUUUCUAGGAACACUGCCAGUUUUGAGUGUGUUACCAGUGCAGUGUUUCUGACGGAUACCCCCCCCCCCCCCCCCCUUUUCCUGUUAAUCUCAGGUUCAGAGGGCGUACCAGUGGAGGUACAUGAGGCCUUGUGUGUUGCCAUGGAGAGGCUGCAGCAGCGCUUCACCUCUCUGAUGCAGGAGAAGGCUGACCUGAAGGAGAGGGUAGAGGAGCUGGAACACCGUUGUAUACAGCUGUCUGGAGAGACUGAUACUAUUGGUGAGAGAGAUGCAUACACACACACAGAUAUACCGCUGUAUACAACUGUCUUCAGAGACGCUGUUGGUGAGACACUCGAUCAUCUCUCUGUCUGUAAAGACUGGCACUAUUAGUGACGCGUACACACUCUCCGCUUCCAUUUUCUCACACACACUAACAGGGAUGCACUUACACAUUCACUCACAUAGCGUGACAGUUCUUCUCAUCCUAUUCCUUCGUUGUGUUUGUCCAGGAGAGUACAUCACCCUGUACCAGAACCAGAGAGCAAUCAUGAAGCAGAAACACAUGGAGAAGGAGCAGUACAUCAGUAUGUUGGCCCAGGACAAAGAGGAGAUGAAGGUACACACACACACACACACACACACACACACACACACACACACACACACACACACACACACACACACACACAGGUACACCAUACACACAGGUACACCAAACAUGAGAGAGAAGCUGCAGCAUAGCACCAGCAGCAUAGCACCCUGCAUCCCACUUCUGGCUUGUCUCUGAAGCUAAGCAGUGUUGGUCCUGGUUGAGACCAAAUGUAGCUCGAAGUGUUGCUGGAGGGCCAGUAGGAGGCACUCUUUCCUCUGGUCAAAAAAAAAGAAAAAAUAUCCCAAUGCCCCCGGGCAGUGAUUUGGGACAUUGCCCUGUGUAGAGUGCAGUCUUUCGGAUGGGACGUUAAACUGGUGUCCUGACUCUCUGUUGUCACUAAAAGAUCCCAUGGCACUUAUCGUAAGAGUAGGAUGUUAACCCCGGUGUCCUGGCUAAAUUCCCAAUCUGACCCUCAUACCAUCUUGGCCACCUAAUCAUCCCCAGCUUCCAAUUGGCUCAUUCAUCCCCCCACUCCUCUCCCCUGUAACUGCUCCCCAGGUCAUUGUUGUAAAUGAGAAUGUGUUCUCAGUCAACUUACCUGGUAAAAUACAUUUAAAAAAUAGACCCCAUGCACACACACUAGUAGUAUUUAGGUAUUUAUUAGGAUCCACAUUAGCCGCUGCAAAAGCAUCAGUCACUCUUCCUGGGGUCCACAUGAAACAUGACAUAAUACAUAGUACAGAACAUAAUUAGUCAAGGACUGAACUACUUACAUUUCAGAGUAUUGCCAGUGUUUUGACUGUGCUUCUGUGCCCGUGCAGGCCAAACUGGCCGAGCUGCAGAACCUGGUGAUGAGGUUGGUGGGUGAGAGGAACGAGUGGUACAGCCGCUACACUGGGGCGGUGGCUAGCGCUAAUGCUACGGCUAACCCUGACCUGCUGCCAGCCGGCGAGGAGCAGGUCCAGGCUCACCACACACACAGACGCAUGGAGCUCAACGCUGUGGAUGGACAAGGUAUGGGCGCACACAGGAAGGUACACCACAUGCACACGCACACGCAUGGAACUCAGCACUGUGGACGGACCAGAUACACAAACACACAUCAAAUUGUAUUUGUCACAUGCUUCGUAGACAACCGGUGUAGACUAACAGUGAAAUGCUUUUCCAACAAUGCAGAGUUUAAGAUAAGAUAGAAAGUGAAAUGGAAAAUAGAAAUGGUGACACAGUGAAUAACGAAUAAAAAUAACAUAUAUACAGUGAGGGGAAAAAAGUAUUUGAUCCCCUGCUGAUUUUGUAUGUUUGCCCACUGACAACGAAUUGAUCAGUCUAUAAUUUUAAUGGUAGGUUUAUUUGAACAGUGAGAGACAGAAUAACAACAAAUAAAUCCAGAAAAAUGCAUGUCAAAAAUGUUAUAAAUUGAUUUGCAUUUUAAUGAGGGAAAUAAGUAUUUGACCCACUCUCAAUCAGAAAGAUUUCUGGCUCCCAGGUGUCUUUUAUACAGAUAACGAGCUGAGAUUAGGGGCACACUCUUAAAGGGAGUGCUCCUAAUCUCAGAUUGUUACCUGUAUAAAAGACACCUGUCCACAGAAGCAAUCAAUCAAUCAGAUUCCAAACUCUCCACCAUGGCCAAGACCAAAGAGCUCUCCAAGGAUGUCAGGGACAAGAUUGUGGUGGUCCUCUGUAGCUCAGCUGGUAGAGCACGGCGCUUGUAACGCCAAGGUAGUGGGUUCGAUCCCCGGGACCACCCAUACACAAAAAAUGUAUGCACGCACGACUGUAAGUCGCUUUGGAUAAAAGCGUCUGCUAAAUGGCUUAUUAUUAUUAUUAUUAUUAUUAUUAUUAUUAUUAUUAUUAUUAUUAUUAUUGUAGACCUACACAAGGCUGGAAUGGGCUACAAGACCAUCGCCAAGCAGCUUGGUGAGAAGGUGACAACAGUUGUUGCAAUUAUUCACUAAAUGGAAGAAACACAAAAGAACUGUCAAUCUCCCUCGGCCUGGGGCUCCAUGCAAGAUCUCACCUCGUGGAGUUGCAAUGAUCAUGAGAACAGUGAGGAAUCAGCCCAGAACUACACGGGAGGAUCUUGUCAAUGAUCUCAAGGCAGCUGGGACCAUAGUCACCAAGAAAACAAUUGGUAACACACUACGCCGUGAAGGACUGAAAUCCUGCAGCGCCCGCAAGGUCCCCCUGCUCAAGAAAGCACAUAUACAGGCCCGUCUGAAGUUUGGCAAUGAACAUCUGAAUGAUUCAGAGGAGAACUGGGUGAAAGUGUUGUGGUCAGAUGAGACCAAAAUCGAGCUCUUUGGCAUCAACUCAACUCGCCGUGUUUGGAGGAGGAGGAAUGCUGCCUAUGACCCCAAGAACACCAUCCCCACCGUCAAACAUGGAGGUGGAAACAUUAUGCUUUGGGGGUGUUUUUCUGCUAAGGGGACAGGACAACUUCACUGCAUCAAAGGGACGAUGGACGGGGCCAUGUACCGUCACAUCUUGGGUGAGAACCUCCUUCCCUCAGCCAGGGCAUUGAAAAUGGGUCGUGGAUGGAUAUUCCAGCAUGACAAUGACCCAAAACACACGGCCAAGGCAACAAAGGAGUGGCUCAAGAAGAAGCACAUUAAGGUCCUGGAGUGGCCUAGCCAGUCUCCAGACCUUAAUCCCAUAGAAAAUCUGUGGAGGGAGCUGAAGGUUCGAGUUGCCAAACGUCAUCCUCGAAACCUUAAUGACUUGGAGAAGAUCUGCAAAGAGGAGUGGGACAAAAUCCUACAAUCCAACUACAAGAAAUGUCUGACCUCUGUGAUUGCCAACAAGGGUUUUGCCACCAAGUACUAAGUAAUGUUUUGCAGAGGGGUCAAAUACUUAUUUCCCUCAUUAAAAUGCAAAUCAAUUGAUAACAUUUUUGACAUGCGUUCUUCUGGAUUUUUUUGUUGUUAUUCUGUCUCUCACUUUUCAAAUAAACCUACCAUUAAAAUUAUAGACUGAUCAUGUCUUUGUCAGUGGGCAAACGUACAAAAUCAGCAGGGGAUCAAAUACUUUUUUGUGUGUGUAUAUGGAAUAGAACAACAAUAAUACACACACAUAUUAGUCAUUAUACUAACCUCCCUGAUCUCUCAUCUCUCCCCCCUUCUCUCUCCAGAGUCUAUGGAUGUAAGUUCAGCCGUGGAGCCCGACUCCACCGACCUCCCUAACGGUGGCCCGUCAGACCAGGGCCAGGGGCUCCCCCCAGACUCCCAUGCUCUGAUGAGGCCCCAGGAGGACGGCACGACCAGGCAGAUCAUGCAGCUGCUCCAGGAGAUCCAAAACCCCCAGGGGCCCCGCUCCGUGCCCUUCCUGGGGGACAACCCCUGCGUCCCCUUCUUUUACCGGCCCGACGAGCAGGAUGAAGUCAAGAUCCUGGUGGUCUGA